AUGACGGAGAAAAGCCCUUCCACUCUAAUCAAUUUCUUCAUCUUUAAUACUACAUUGGGCCAAGAAGAAGGCACGGAACACGAAAAGAUUCUAUUUUAUUACCCAGAUGCUGACAAUAUAGAUAAGCAAUCACGCAGUGUCGGGCUUUCGGAAGCGAUCGUUCAUUUUUGCGGAACUUUUGCUCCUGAUCGACCGUGCGAAGUUGUCCAAACGUUAAAAUCCCGACAAGUCUUUUAUCAGCCUGAGGAAAAUUUUUGGAUGAUAAUGGCACUAACAAAUAAAGAUGGCAAUAACAUUGUCUAUCAUCAGGAUGAAGUACAGGAUCAGGCAUUACAAUCAAUUUUGAUGUUAUCCUAUAAAAUAUUUAGGCUCUUUAAUGGUCCCUUUUCCAUGACAUUUAAUGAAAGUGUUGAUUCUUGCCGUGAACUUUUAAAACACUUUUUUACACGUUUUAUCAAGUCAAUAAAACUAGCACAGCAAGAUUUGCAAGACGUUUUACAAGGGAUUCGGUUUUUACCAUUGGGUAAACAGCAAUUUUUAAAAGUUCAGCAAUUCAUUAAUUUAAUUGAAGCUAACUUUAGUAAUAUUACUUAUGCACAACUUCUGUUUGACGAUCAGUUAAUUUGGAGUAGUCUCGAUCUCGAUCAUACACAAAUUCUUUAUGGCUAUUUAACUACCAAUUUAUUACCUAAUCAUCAAGAAGCGGAGGUAGCAUCAUCAUUAGAUCCUAACAUGAAUCGUUAUUGUCUAUUUGAACCCUUAUGCACUGUUACAAACUAUUUAUUUAUAACAGGGCCAACAGAACUCGGACAUGCAGCUUCAAUAGGAAAAAUUCCUAGAAUAUUUAUUAAUAAAAAUGGUAAAUGGGAAAUUUUCGCUGUGAUCGUUUAUAAGGUAUUGGUUGAUGUCUACAUUGAUUAUUAUUAUUACAAUCUCACAAGCACUAUCGAUUUCUUCCGUAAAUUGGAUAAGUUUAUUGGACCUCAAAUCAAACAGUUGACUUUCGACAUUGCUGAGCAAAAUAUUAUCAAUCGUCGAUUGUCUUUAACUGAGAUGCAAUAUAGAUUUAUCUACUUCAACCAUAUGAACUGCGCAUUCAAAUCAAGUAUAUACCCCAAGAUAAAUCAACCUGCUAUUAUAGGACCCGACUUAAUGCGCUUAUUCUGCGAUAUUCAUGCAGAAUUUGACAAGUCGAAAAGUAAUGAAGAAUUUUUGGCAAAGACUGCGACAGAUUGUUGGGUUGUGGGCAAAAUUGCGGAUCAGAGAGAGCUAUUUGUCGCUCAAAACCUGAAGAACGGGAGUCUUUUAGACAUUAAUGAUGAAAUGAAAAAGCUUGUUGGUUCCUUGUUUGGCAAUAUUUUCUAUUUUAAUAGCUAA